AUGGCCGCCUCCAUCGCGGCCUCGUCCUUCCUUCCAGGGUCGCCGGCGCCGGCCGCUCCUAAGAACGGCCUUGGGGAGCGCCCAGAGAUCCUGGACGUCCGCGGCGUGGCGGCGAAGCCGGGAGCCUCCUCGAAUGCCGUGAGGGCGGGCAAGACGCGCGCCCACGCUGCCGUCCCCAAGGUGAACAGUGGGGGCAAGUCUGCGGUGGCGGAUGGGGAGCACGAGACCGUACCUUCUUCCUCGGUGCCGAGGACUUUCUACAACCAGCUUCCCGACUGGAGCAUGCUCCUUGCGGCCAUCACGACCAUCUUCUUGGCCGCCGAGAAGCAGUGGACGAUGCUUGACUGGAAGCCCAGGCGGCCUGACAUGCUCACUGACACCUUUGGGUUUGGCCGGAUCAUACAUGAUGGGCUCAUGUUCAGGCAGAACUUCUCCAUUAGGUCCUAUGAGAUAGGGGCGGAUAGGAUGGCAUCUAUAGAGACGUUGAUGAACCAUUUGCAGGAAACGGCACUUAAUCAUGUGAAGACCGCUGGGCUGCUAGGUGAUGGAUUUGGCUCCACACCAGAGAUGAGUAAAAGAAACUUGUUCUGGGUGGUUAGCCAAAUGCAGGCCAUCGUCGAGCGUUAUCCAUGCUGGGGUAAUACUGUUGAAGUAGAUACAUGGGUUAGUGCUAAUGGUAAAAAUGGAAUGCGUAGGGAUUGGCAUAUACGUGAUUCUAUAACAGGCCACACGAUACUGAAGGCAACAAGUAAAUGGGUUAUGAUGAACAAACUUACUAGGAAGCUUGCAAGAAUUCCAGAUGAAGUGCGGACUGAAAUAGAGCCAUACUUUUUUGAGCGUUCUGCUAUUGUUGAUGAAGACAACCGCAAGCUUCCAAAACUGCCAGAUGGUCAAAGCACUUCUGCAGCUAAAUAUGUGAGGACAGGGCUGACUCCUCGGUGGGCUGAUCUUGAUAUAAAUCAGCAUGUCAAUAAUGUUAAAUACAUUGCGUGGAUUCUUGAGAGUGCACCGAUCUCUAUUCUUGAGAAUCAUGAACUGGCGAGUAUUGUGCUGGAUUACAAAAGGGAGUGUGGCCGGGAUAGUGUGCUGCAGUCACACACCUCUGUGCACACGGAUUGCAACAGCGAGUCUGGAGAAACAACCUUGCACUGUGAGCAUGUACUGAGCCUUGAAUCAGGGCUUGUGUAUUGCAUGGAUUACUUGGAGAAGAAUAUUGACUGGCUUGAAGAAAAACUAAAGCCUCUUAUUGAAGAUCACUAUCUGUUAUUUGAUUUUCCGGGGCAAGUGGAACUUUUCUUCCUUCACUCAAAUGCAAGAAGUGUUAUUAAUAAACUUAUCAAAAAGAUGGACUUGAGGCUGACUGCUAUGCACCUUACCGAUGUCCAUUUAUGCUGUGAUCCUGGAAAGUAUGUGAGUGCUUUGCUUCUUUCACUGUCAACAAUGCUACACAUGGAAUUGCCACAUAUCAAUGUCUUGUCAAAGAUUGACCAAAUUGAGAACUAUGGGAAUUUAGCAUUCAACCUUGACUUCUACACUGAUGUCCAAGAUCUUUCUUAUUUGCAAUAUCAUCUUUCGCAGGAUCCUCGCUCAGCCAAGUACAGGUGA